GGGUGCGGGGGGGGGCGCGCGAAGAAAAACAAAACAAAACAAAACUGCCUUUCCAUCCCAUCUCAUCUCAUCCCAUCCCAUUCCCGCCAGCGAGUUUCCCCGGUCCCAGCAGAGCCCUCCCUUCAAAAGACAGCAAGCGCAGACGCUGCGGCUGAUUGGCUCCAUGUGCGAAAGCUCAAGAAAGCAUCGGGAAAGUUUUGAAAGAAAAUCAAAACUUCCUGCUUCAAGGUGGUCCCGGGUUGCAGGCUGGAGAAUCGAAUAUUUAUAACGCGUGCUGCUUAUGCCUUGGGUGUGCAGGCAUGGAAAGCGGCACCCCCCGAUCGCCUUUUUAACGGCUUUCAACAGACUCCGGUUUUUGGAUUUUAUUUUUUAAUAGAGGCGAAAGAAGUGGAAGCCCAAGAUGUGGAAAGUUUGGGGAAUUUGGAGAAAGGUUAGAGCGCUCUCGAUUUAGCUGCUGGGAGAGUUGUGAUUUGUUUUUGAUUUUUUUUUUUUCUUUCUUAAAAAAAGCGCUUCCCCCUUCCAGCCUUUGGAUGUUGUGUUUUUUGGGGGAAAGAAAGUUUAUGGGAAGUUUGGGAUUUCGGAACCGGGGCCAAAUCUUAGGAGUGGAUCGCCAGCGAACCUCAAUAAAGAAUACGAGGAUCUCUAAUGCCCGUCCAAACAUUCCGCCUCGCCUCACCCUUUGGAAAGAUCUGGAUUCUUCAACAAAAGCAGUGCCAAUUUUCAUCCCACCUUGCCAGAUGUUCCUUUGACUGUGUUCAGCCUCUGACAAACUAUGUUCAAUCCGAUGAACCCACCGGUUAACAGCUACAUGGAACACUGCUACCUUCGGCCUCUCCAUGGGCAAGGUCAACCUAGUGCUAUGGUAGAAGGCAUCAGUGAUUUACCAUAUUAUCACCAAACUAACUCAGUGGGGAAUCACCACACCUACGGAUUGGUACCUGGAGGUGAACAUCCUUCUCAUACUGAUGGCAGUCGUUUUUCUACACCCCGGAGCACAGCAAAGCUGACCAAAAAGCGGGCCCUGUCCAUCUCGCCACUCUCAGAUGCCAGCAUUGAUCUGCAAACUGUCAUCCGCACCUCUCCCAAUUCUCUGGUGGCUUACAUCAACUCUCGCUGUGCUUCAGCUGGGGGCUCCUAUGGGCACCUCUCCAUCGGUGCUGUCAGCCCUUCACUUGGGUUCCAGAAACCUCAAGGCAUGUCCUUUGGCCACAACCCCACAACAGUUCCCUGUGGGCCUCAUGAACACGUGACUAGCCGGCCGGGGAUGAUGCACCAUAUGCCACCCCCUCGUGGGAUGCUGAAGCACUGCCAGCUGAAGUCAGAGUCCAGCCUGGGCAGCCCGCUGGAUGCCCUGAGCACCAAGUGCCUGGAGGAGUGCUCGGAGGGUGACAUUUCCAGCCCUGCCUCUACGGGGACACAGGACCCCUUACUAAGUGUUCUUGAUCCACGAGAUGAAUUGGAGAAGGAAGACGGGAAGGUGGAAGCUGAAGCAGUUUAUGAGACCAAUUGCCACUGGGAAGGAUGCACCAAAGAGUUUGACACUCAAGAACAGCUAGUGCAUCAUAUUAACAAUGAGCAUAUCCAUGGGGAAAAGAAGGAAUUUGUGUGUCACUGGCACGACUGCUCACGGGAACAACGACCCUUCAAAGCUCAGUACAUGCUGGUCGUCCACAUGAGGCGCCAUACGGGAGAAAAACCUCAUAAAUGCACAUUUGAAGGCUGCAAUAAGGCCUACUCACGGCUGGAGAACCUCAAGACCCACUUGCGCUCCCAUACUGGCGAGAAGCCUUACGUUUGUGAGCACGAAGGCUGCAAUAAAGCUUUCUCUAACGCUUCUGACAGGGCCAAGCACCAAAACCGGACACAUUCCAAUGAGAAACCCUAUGUCUGUAAGAUCCCCGGCUGCACCAAACGCUACACCGAUCCCAGCUCACUGCGGAAACAUGUCAAGACAGUGCAUGGGCCAGAUGCUCACGUCACCAAGAAGCACCGUGGAGACACUGUACCCACCAGUCGGACUCUGGCUCUCCAUGGUGACAUGAAGCAGGAGAAAGAUAGUGAGGUCAGGAAGGAAGAGGGCAAACUCAUGGUACCUGAUUCUAAUUUGAAGCCGCAACCCAGCCCUGGGGGUCAAUCGUCCUGCAGCAGCGAACGCUCCCCUUUGGGCAGCGCUAAUAAUAACGACAGCGGCGUGGAGAUGAACGCAAAUGCGGGGGGAAGCUUAGAGGACUUGUCCGCGUUGGAGGAACCAUCUGAGCCCAUGGGAACCUCUGGGCUCUCAGCACUGCACAAGCUGGAGAACCUGCGCAUUGACAAACUCAAGCAGUUGCGUAAGCCCCUCUCAAUGAAGGGGGUCAAACUUCCUUCCAUCCCCGGGGCAGGUCCUGCAAGAGAGAUGCCUGGCUUGUGCGGGGGCCCCUCUACAGCGGCUUCUCACCGGCGCGUUAUGGAGCUCUCAUCCAGUGAUCUGCCUUCACUAACUGUGGCAGGAGACCGACGAGGUAGCACUACCAGCACUGUCAGUUCGGCCUACACAGUCAGCCGUCGCUCUUCCAUGGUAUCACCCUAUCUGCCAGCCGGGGGUGCCCCCAAUGGAUUAGGCCCACCGGAUAUAUAUGACUCCAUAUCCCCCGAUGCCUCAAGACGUUCUAGUGAGGCCAGCCAUUGUGGAGGACUUCCAGGGCUGGGUAACCUCACUCCAGCCCAGCAGUAUCGCCUCAAGGCCAAAUAUGCCGCCGCAACGGGUGGGCCACCUCCUACCCCUCUCCCCCAUAUGGACAGAGCCGCUCAGUCAAAUCUCGUAGGGGAUUAUUCUAGCUCGUGCUUGCCUCCUUUUGUGCAUGAGCACAGCACAAACGAUUACCAUGGUUACAGCAGCACUGGCAUUCUCCAUCCCCACCUGAGCCACAGCGGCCGGCGAGCCAGCGACCCCGCGCAGGCAGUGGCGGAGGCCCAUCCGGUUCCACGAGUGCAAAGGUUUAAAAGCCUCAGCAACAUGAGCCCGGCAAGUGCAGGGAGACCUGGUGGACAAGUGACGGGGGGCACCGAGGCCAACCUUCCCCACCAUCUCUUCUCCCCACGGCCACCAAGCAUCAGCGAGAAUGUUUUUUUGGAAGCCGCCGCUAUGGAGAGCACCAUCCCGGCUGGGGAGCCAGAGGUGCUGGAGAUGGAACCUUACCUUACCUACCAGGAGCGGAACUACCCAUACCAAGCAACGGCCAUGGAGCUGCAGAGCAAUCUCACUCAUCGAGGCACCUUGAAGCUGGUGGGUGAUUUACAAAUGAGUCCAGUGACCCACGAACAGCUAGAAGGUGGUUUUGAGCAACCAGACUACAUCCAGUCUCAGUGCCAGAUGAACGUGGCUUUCCACACUGCACGGCAGUGGGACAGCAACAACUCAGGGAUAAAUCCUGCAUCGCUCCCUGGCAUGGGGCAGUGCCACUCCACCCAGUAUCCAAUCCCUGAAGCUAAGCCCAUGGGAGCAGAGCCUGCCAACCAUAGCCGACAGGGGACAUUCCAGUUUGGCCAGGCACAUAUUAAAGCCGAGCAACAGUUCCAACCAGCCACGGCUGCUCUUGCCUCCUGCCAGAGCAUGAAGCAGGCGUUAUACAACCAGUCUCAACCAGUCUGUGGAGAUGGCGGAUAUCAUCCCGAAAACCAGCAGGGCUCUUGCUAUGGUGUGGGGCAGCCCCCGAGCAGGAGAUCCCAGACCCCGAUGUUGCAAGUCAAAGAGAUGAUGGUACGGAGUUAUGUGCAAUCACAGCAAGCACUGAUGUGGGGGGAGCAGCCGGCCAGCAACGUCAUGGAUGGCACAGAGAAUGGGCACAGCCAGCAACACCAGCCUUACCCUGGUGUAAAGUAUCCAAGCUACCCUGCCAGGCCAUCUCCAGCUAUGGAAAACAAAGCACUUUCAAGCCCCAACAGCCAGUGUUAUAAUCCAAGGAUGGUCCCACAUCCACCUGGUGGACCAAAGCCACUGAACCGUCAAAGCAACUUGAGCUAUCAAGCUAGCCCUUCUUAUGAAACCCCCGGUGAUGGUGGCUCCCACCAUAUGAUGCGCUUACCCCCUCUUCACGGUCCUGAAGAAACAGGCUUUCCCAUCCCAAUGCACGUGCCGCUGAGCAAAGCUUCUGGGCACAAGUUGAUGAAUACCCACCAGAGGCACCAUCAGCCCCCCAGCUGCGUGGCUGAGGAUCCCGGUGGGCCUUAUGCUCCUGGGCUGGAGGCCCCUAAAUCUGACUCUUUCUCUUAUCUGCCAGAGGAGCAGGUGUCUAAUAGUUUGGACACUCUGGACUUAGAAAACACCCACUUGGACUUCACCGCCAUCCUUGAUGACACAGAGGCCCUUAGUCCUACCCCACCUGGGGGCCCGACCAACAUGGCGGUGGGGGAUAUGAAUUCCAUGCUGAACUCAUUGGCAGGGGAGAACCAGUUCCUUAAUACCCUUUCCUAGUAUGUUUAGACAAGGCUCUGAUGACGAAGACUGCUAUUUAUCAGAAUCAGGCUGAUAUGAGAGACAAGCAUGACUCUUACUGGGCCGAACUCACUGGGGAGAGAGCUGAUUCUAACUAGUAACCUCCAGGUUCCUUGGUACAAAAUAGCAUUUUUUUUUUAUUCUUAUACACCCUAGAUAAGCUGAUCUGCUGAUCGGAUGGGCUGAAAGAUGGGCAGCUAAUGGGAAAGGAAGUGUGUCUCUCCCAGGCCCUUAGUGAGAAAAACAGAACUCAGGGCUACCUAGAUUUUUAUCUAUGGUCAUUCAUCUCUUCUUCCCACUAAAUCCUCUUUCCCAAAGAAAACCAGUAUUUUUGAUAAGCUUCCCAAGUGCCUCUUUUCAAAUCUAUUAAGAAACAAGAAUGUUACAAAGCAUUUCUUGCACAGUGCCUCAGAGUUUGUUGAUAGGGUACGUUAAGUCUGUUAUCGUAUAUAUUGAUAAUACUUAGAUAUAUAUUUAUAAAAGCAAGCUUAGAUACAUGCAGUGCUGCAAAAAUGUGCAGAACUGUCACUUAUUCAUACAUCUUUCCUGUAAAAUACACAGAGGAGGAAAGACAUCUGGAGGAACAGCAUAUUAAAACUGCCUCCGUUGCCACAUGGAGUCUUUUAAGCAUGAUUGUAGGACCCUCCCAGAUGCUGGAAUAUACAUUGCACCCUCCUUGGCUUUUGACCAUGUUGGUUUGGGCUAAUGAGUCCAGCAACAUCUGGAGGACGAGAACGGUCCCACCCUUGGAAGUUGCUGAGUCUCGGGUCAUAUCCCAAUACAUAAUACUCCACAUUCAGCUCCAUUCCUACAUUUCAGCUCCCAAUUUGCCAAGCUAGCAAAAGUUAACCUGGCAUUUCUAAGUACCACCAAUAUAUCUUUUGCCAUAAACUCCCACCCGGUAAUUACUGCUAUUAUAAAACCCGAAAUAUAAAAUAAAAGUACAAUGCUAGGAAGGUGCUCAUCUUCUGUUCUCCUGCCAGAACUCUUGCCUUAAUUAUUUUUGCCUACCUAACAGUUUCACACAUGCCUCCCCCUCCUCUUAUGGCACCUGGCCAUACUACAACAAAGGUCCCCUCUGCAGUGUGUUGUAGAUUUAAGGGCCCUUCCCCAGCUAUAGUUAUGAGUAUGACUUGCUCGGUUGGAAUGUGGUUUGAGGACGUAUGGAAAAUUUAUGCUCAUGAUUCCAUACAGAGAGGAGUUCCAUGUGUGUAUUUUCUGACUGCUGGGAUAAAGAUGUUUUAGACGUAGGUUUGAAAAAAGCUAGAUGAUCAUGUGGGAGGCAUAUGUUUGCAAAUACAUUUGUCAGGGAAGUGGAUGUUGCUGUGGUGCCCAUUCAGUGUGAAAAGAUUUGUAAUGCCACAUAUUGGGCAGGGGUGGGUUCUAAUUUUUUUUACUAUCGGUUCUGUGGGCGUGGCUUAUUUUGUGGGUGUGGCUUGAUGGUCAUGUGACAAUUCUUUAGGAUUUAGCAGAGGUACUGGUCUAUCAGGCUUUUAACUGCUUGCAGACCUGUACCGGUCUACCCAUUUAUUUUUGCAGGCACUGGUCUACCCAUUUAUUUUUGCAGGCACCAGUCUACUCAUGUAUUUUUGCAGGCACCGGUCUACCACUAAAUUGCCUUUUACCACUGAUCAGCUGUAGGGCAGCCCUUUGAAGCUCCACGACAAGAGUUUAAAUAGUUUUUCCUUAUAGCCCAUCAGCUGGGACUCAGGAGGCAGCAAUAGAUUGGGGGUGGGGCCAAAUAAAAGGUAAGAAUAGGGCCGGGGGGGGGCAGAACCAGUUCAGUGACACCAUAUCGUCACUGCUACCGGCUCGGCGGAACUGGGCGGAACCGGGAAGAACCCACCACUGAUAUUGGGGAACAGUGAGAAACUAGGCAAAAAGAGAAACCACAAGCUUAUCCACCACGUGCCACAAAUAAACUCAUAUACUUUGCAGAAGGCUAAAUGGAAAGUUGGACAAAUUGGCACAUUAAGAGUAAAAUGCCUAUAGAACAAAAGAAUCUUCUUGUAAAUUCAGAUUAAUUUAUAAGAGAAAAUAAACACCCAGCACGCAGUUCACAUUAAUCCAGCCUACAGGUAAAUUCCUCUUGAUUCCAAAUGAGCUAGGGCUGGUUGACACAAGCACAUGAACUAUUGGAUUUCAUAAUACCUUUUAUGAUUUCAAUCUGAAGUGACUACCACAGCAAUUCAUUGUGUUUGAAGCCAUUUCUGAGCUCUUGGUCUUAAAGCUGUAAUUGCCUGAUCACGUAUGCAAGCCGCAGCUUUAUAUGUACUUGAAAAUCAAUGUACAUGCCUUAGGUAAAGGUAAAGGUUCCCCUCGCACAUAUGUGCUAGUUGUUCCCGACUCUAGGGGGUGGUGCUCAUCUCCGUUACAAAGCUGAAGAGCCAGCGCUGUCCAAAGACAUCUCCGUGGUCAUGUGACCAGCAUGACUAAACGCCAAAGGCGCACAGAAUGCAAUUACCUUCCCACCAAAGGUGGUCCCUAUUUUUCUACUUGCAUUUUUUUUACGCGCUUUCGAACUGCUAGGUUGGCAGAAGCUGGGACAAGUAACGGGAGCUCACCCCGUUACACGGCACUAGGGAUUCAAACCGCUGAACUGCCGACCUUUCGAUCGACAAGCUCAGCGUCUUAGCCACUGAGCCACCGUGCCUUACAUGUCUUAGAUUCUGGCAAAAUAUCCCAUCCACUGGGCUGCUGAAAGUAGAAAUUUGGCCACAAGGGCAAUGCUAUGUUGUCGUGAUUGCUCCCUUAAUUUGAAAACCCGUGAAACUGAACAAAUUAUUACAAUAAGGAAAAUCCAAAAUACUGUGUUAAAGAUAGCAAUAGCACUUAGACUUAUAUACUACUUCACAGUGCUUUACAUCCCUCUCUAAGGGGUUUACAGAGUCAGCAUAUUGCCACUAACAAUCUGGGUCCUCAUUUUACCGACCCCAGAAGAAUGGAAGGCUGAGUCAACCUUGAGUUGGUCAGAAUCAAACUCGAGGUUGUGGAUAGAGUUAGCUGCAACACUGCAUUUAACCAUUGUGCCACCACAGCUCUCAUAUCAGGGAAUCCCCAGAGAGAUUCAGUAUUGCAUCUCCAUCAUGUAUUGACUAUACGCAGCAAAUAAUCUACUUUUGAAUUUGUAAACAGAAUAGAAUAUUUGCUCAUUGAAAAUAUAACUUUGAUAUGCUUUUUAAUAUUUUUGCCAUACACUAAGUAAAAAUGAAAUAAACUGGCCUAGAAGUUGGAGAAGCAACACAGCAGCACAGAUCUUCUCAGACCAUAAAGGCAGUCGGCAGAAUUAGCCAGCAAUACUGCAUUCUAACUACUACGGCACCACAAUAGUUAGAUAGCUCAUUAUCCUCAUUCAAGAUAGUGUUUCCAGCUGUACACUGAGGAACAACCAGCCCUAUUCUUUUAAAGUCCCAAUUCAUCCCAUGCAUCUGCCCAGUCUGAAAGAAACUUUGGCAACUCCUGCAAUAUUAAUGGUGAUGUGAAAAAGAAACUCUCCCAACUGCUUCUUCUACAAAGGUCUCUUAGUUGCAUGUUGAUAACUUCAAAUCUGGAGCACUUGAAAAGCACUUGAAAUUCUUCAGGUACGCAUUUAUGUUAGAUUAGAUAAGACAUAUCCAGCCUAUUCUCUGCUUGCAACCGUCCAGGAAGUAAAGCUACACGAGAGCCAAGAACAUAAUUUUGAAUCUUACUCUUGUGGUCAGUCAGCAAACUUGUGUUCUUGCCCUCCUGGUUUUUCCAAAUCCAUAUAUAAGCAAUUGGGCAAAGUGAAGUGUAUUGACACAGAUGGUAGGGAAGCAGAAUCAUAACUUUAAAAGUUAAAUGGGGAAUAUCAUUGUCUGGUGCUUAGAAGCUCCCCCCUCCUAUCUACUCUGCUUAAUUAGCCUUGGAGGUUUUUAGUAAUAUUCUAAAAAUCUGUUGAAUUAAAAUGACAGAGAAAGAAAGACCACACACAAGCAAUGGGAAAAAGUGAAUAUAUAAACGAAGGCCAAUAAUACAUCUGUUUUCAAGCGAUCGUCAGUUCUCGUAGCUGCACUGACUGCGUUUACCCUUACAUUCCUGCUGUUUCCUUGUUUCCAAGUAAAAGAUAGCGGUUCCCCUUUAAAGUACCCUCAGCAGAAUAAAGCAAGCUAUUUUGUACCAAAGCUGAACCUUGGACUGCCUGGCUCAGAAUUAUCCAUGUGCUUAUGGGAGCUCUUCAGGGUUUUAGACAGGAGACCUAGAUGAGAUGUUAAGGGCUGAUUCACUAAGUUAUGCCUCUCCCAUUGAGGCAACAUCUUCUCUCAUAGUUCCACCUAUGAACUGUCCUCAUGUCCCUCACCCCAGCAUUUUCCUCAUAGCAAAAAUAUAAACUCAGCCUAAGAAACCAAAGAAUAUUCCUUGCCUCUGUUUUAGCUUUCCUUUUGUAUCUUUCUGUUAUACUUUAGCCUAGAAGCCAAACCAGUGUCUGUCUCUCCCUGGAGAUUAUCUUCUAUGGGAAGGGAUAAAGGGAAGUAUUAAAGCAGGGGAACAAAUUCUAGGCAUAUCACGAUGACAUGUAUUUUGAUAGUUUGUACAUAGUAUAUAUGUGUGCGAAUAUUUUUUACCUAUGUCUUUUUCUCUGUCUCUCUCACUCUCUUUUUUAGAGGAGAAAAAAAGCACCAAUAAAAGGUUAAUAAAACAUAUUUCCUCAGGAAAAAAAUGAAA